GGUUAUUAUAGAAACUCGAAACUGUCAGUGGGAAACUGCUUCGAUCACGACGAGAGUUCCAGCUUCGUCAAGAAAGACCUCGGUGCGACAAGAUCGUCAACUAGAGGUGGGUCGCGGAGACGAUGAAUGUCGACCAUAUCUGCGAUCCUAAGAUGCAAAGCAACUGAUCACAAGGAUAGCAUGAGCAGGAUGCAAUACAAAUAACGGCCCCAUGCAUGCCACUCAUGCCGGGAUCGCCAACAUGGCUGACUCCCUGCUUUGCAAAAUCCCACCACCAGCCGAUCUUCAUCAUGGCAUGGUAUUCCAACAUAGCCACCAUGCGAGCAAUACCUUCCUCUUCAUCACUAGGUUUGCUAUCACGUCCAUCCCCAAUUCGACGCGUCACUCAUCCCCCACACAACUCCCUCACGCGCCUGCGCCUCACUGCGUCCUAUUCUUCCACAACAACCACCACCGCACCACCCAAAGCCUACUCUCCCAAAUACUACUGGAUUGACGGAGCUGAAGAUCUCGAGCGCUACGAGCCUGGCGGCUACCACCCCAUCAAGAUCAACGAUGUCCUCCACAACCGCUACCACAUCGUAGAUAAACUCGGGUAUGGCGGGUACUCUACCGUGUGGCUUGCGCGAGACACGCAUCUGUCGCGCUAUGUCGCAGUAAAGGUCGGCAUAGCAGAUUCACUCCCCCAUGAAACCAAAGCGCUUCGAGCCCUUACCGCGCCCGGGCCUUCAUCUACCCAUCCAGGGUUCUCUUCAAUCCCCUGUCCACUGGAUGAAUUUGAAGUGACUGGUCCAAACGGAACACAUCCAUGCUAUACCGUGACUCCCGCACGGCGCAGCCUUAGGGAGGCCUCUUACAGUCGUCUCUUCCCUUUGGACGUUGCGCGUGCGUUAUCAGGUGGGCUUGUCCAAGCUAUUGCAUAUAUCCAUUCCCAAGGCUAUAUUCACGGAGGUCAGUCCCGGUUCGAGAAAUGGGAGGAGAGGAGUGAUUUCUUUGAUGAGAGUGGACGACCGAAGGAGGGGACGGAGGUAUGGCCACCAUUAGAUCAGGAAUUCGAGCAAGGGGUAAGGAAGUAUCGACAAAAGCAACCGGGAAUAGAGGAUUUUGAUGACGAGGAGACAGCGGCGAUCUUGGACCUGAUGCGGCGGAUGCUCAAGUUCCGACCGGAAGAGCGACUGACAAUUGAGGAGGUGAUGCAGUCGGAGUGGAUGGUGAAGUGGGUGAUGCCUGACUACGAACGAAGUUUGCAGACCCAAAAGGAGUAGAUGGAGGACCAGCCCCGGCGCACCCUUGUAAUUAACCAAAACACUCCACUUCUGUACUACUAAUACUAC